AUGGCACAGUUGACAUUGAAGGAGCUUCUACCGGUGCUGUGCCAGCUCAACCACACCUCCCAGGGGAUCUGGACUAGCUCUAGUAACGCCCGGUGCUCAGCCUUCAGCCUGAAGGACCUUCAGCACUGGACAGGCACUGAGCCCUACAGCUCCUCCAAAUACGCAUCAGACCUCCUCAGUCUGGCUCUCAACACACACCUCAACAUGAAGGGCCUGUACUCAUCCGUGAUCUGUCCAGGCUUUGCGAUGACCAACCUGACCUAUGGUAUCCUGCCUUCCUUCCCCACACUCCUCUGGAACCUGCUCAUGCCCAUCCUCUGGCUGAUCAGAAUCUGUACAAACACAUUCACCCUGACCCCCUGCAAUGGAGCAGAGGCUCUGUUCUGGCUGUUUAUGCAAAAACCUAAAUCGCUGGAUCCUUGGACUAAAUACCACAGUCUAACCUCAGGUCUGGGAAACAACUACACACAACCUCGCAAGAUGGAUAUUGAUGGGGACAUGUCCGAGGCCCUGUAUGAUAAACUACUGGAACUGGAAGACAAAGUACGCAGGAAACUGAAGGAGGAAAAGAAGGGUAUUUGA